ACGAUUCUUGUGAAAGGCAGAGUGUUUUGUAUACUCUCUCGCCUAUUACUUAUUUAUUUCUAAACAAAUUUCACGACAUUAAAUAAAGUUUUUCUUUAUUAUGUAGAAACUUUAAUCCGUACGAGUGUACCAAAAAUGUCGACAGUACUAUUGGCCGUUAUUGCAGUGAUAUUAUGUAUACUUUUCCGAAUCUUGAACGUGAAUAGUCAACCACACAAGCCUCUCAUUUAUGGACGAGAUAAAAAUUUCAUCGAAAAUAUUCUCUUCAUAGCUCCAUUUUUGAGUGAACCAUAUAUACCAACAAGAUUAUGGGGAUUCAGUGGACAUGUCCAGACAAUUCUGCACAGUCUAAUUGGAAGAGUCCGCUGCCCUUGGCCGAUAGGUGCAAGAAUAUUGCUAGUUCUACCUGACCGCUCCACUCUUACCUAUGACUUGUAUGAACCUGUUGGUGCAGAACAUGAAGACGACGUAACGGUAGCCAUAUGUCCCGGUAUCGGCAACACCUCGGAGAGUGUGUACAUUCGUACAUAUGUACACUACUCUCAGCGACACGGCUACAGAUGUGCUGUACUGAAUCACAUUGGUGCCCUCAACAGCGUUCCUGUUACAGGAGCAAGGAUCUUCUCGUAUGGUCACACGGAUGACUUCAGUUACAUGGUAGAGAAUCUCAUGGAGAAAUAUCCCAACACAAAGCUGAUUCUAGUAGGAUUCAGCCUUGGCGGCAAUUUGAUUACGAAGUACUUGGGCGAGGACAGGAAAAGGCCUAAAAAUAUUAUUGGCGGCAUCUCUAUUUGCCAGGGAUAUAACGCUAUCGACACAAUGGUGUAUCUUCUCCAAUGGCAGAAUUUCCGCCGUUUCUACCUCUACAUCAUGACAGACAACUAUAGAAACAUUAUAACGCGACAUAAGCGAAUGCUGCUAAACCAGGACAUGAAGAUAAAGUAUAAUUUGGACGAGAAGAUGAUUGUCUCGGCUGGUACAUUACCGGAUCUCGAUGAGGCUUAUUCUAGGAGAUUAUACGGCUUUAAAUCCGUGACGGAGUUGUACAAAUGGAGUUCGUCAGCUUUCUACCUUGAGCGCGUGAAGACGCCCAUGAUAUUUAUAAACGCGCGCGAUGACCCCAUAGUCCCUGAACCACUGCUGCACAUCGUCAGGGAAUUCGUUAGUUCGCAUGAUAAGAAAAUGUUCUUGGAAUUAGCGCAUGGAGGUCACCUAGGUUUCUAUGAAGGAGGUUUACUCUAUGCCAACCCCGUGACGUGGCUAGACCGAGCUGUAGUGGGUCUCGUGGGAGGUCUUUUAAUGGCACACAACAAAUGCUCACCCAAAGAGCACAUUGAAACUGACUGUUCCAUGUCAGACGAAGAGCCUGAUCUCAUUAAAUCAGCUGCAAUAUUAUAUAGGGACCCGUUUGACAAAACACAAAUAUAAUACAUUCCCGUCGUAAUUUGGCAUUUAUAUGUUAACGUUCCAAUUUACAUAUGUAGGAUUUUGAAGUUUGUGUUGAAACGUGAAAUGGAACGCAAUUAUCGAAUUUCAAAUGAGAUUAUGGUUUUCAGUUUGCAUGGAUGUGUUGCUUUAGGUGUAUUAUUGAAUAAUGACCAGAGCAGAUUUAACCUCUAAGGCCGGACGUAUACCCAAAAUGAGCGGUGCUACAAAUCGUAAAUGUUUGAUUCUCGUAGGAAAUUACGAAAAUAUUUUGAAUAAAGAUCCCGGCCUAAAAUGGGUUUAAUAGCCUAAUAUGCAAACAUAGGUUGCAAUAUGUUGUGGACUCUGGCAGUUUUUGCUUGAAUGUAUUUCCAAUGUUUGUGUUUUAACUCAAAUUUUUAAUGUAUCAAUAUUGAUCGUUUAAAUCGUAUUAAAUUGCAUUAAUUGUAUGGUUGACGUAUGUUUUUAAGUACGGUUAAUUAGGAAAGAUAGUCCAUUUAUUCUGAAUAAUUUAAAGUGUAAACAAACCUUAGCGUGAAGAAAAAUCAUGUUUUUAUCACAUACAACACACGUUUCUCGUUUAUGAACUUAAAUAAUGUAAUAGAUUUAAUAAAAAAAUUACCGUUUUAAAUCAAUAAUACACAAAGACCAAGAAAGAAUACAGAAUCAAAAUAAAAUUACAUUUUGAUAUCAACAUUCUCAUUGACACAUUGCGAGAGCGUAAUCAAAGAGUUACAGAGUGGAGAUUGGUUUGUGAUCUGUGAUAGUUCAUCAAAUAUAAUUUAAACCGUUUCCUUGUAUGUUUAGUAUUUAGUUCGUACUUAUGUAUCAUAAGGUAUAUUUUGGAUACAGAACCUACCUUGUUAAUGAUGCAUUUUGGAAUUAAUAACGAUGUUGUUUUUUUUGUUUUCAUUGUAAUUUUAUGUAUAUUUUAUUGUUUACAUAACAUAAAUUAACCAUAAGCUUAAAUUAUAAUUUAUACUUGACAACUACAUAAGGUGAAAGAGGCCAUAUGAAUCUCUCACCAUUUCAUUGAUUAUUAAGUUAAUAAUUCUACACCACCUGACUUUCCUCACUUCAUCUUCAUGUCUCUGGUUAAAAAGUACGCCAUAUUUGUUUACCUUUUCAAUAUAUUUAGAAUAAAUGGACUGUAGACCGUGUUAUUUUUUAACAAAAUAUUUUGUUCAGUUGAAAAAUAAGUCGAUAUCUCUACGUGAUAACAUAAAAUAAACGAAAAAAAUGCUUUAAUACUGAUACGAACGAUUAUUGUAUUCGAAAUUUAAAAUGUAUAUCCUGACUUCUUUGAAGAAUGAAGGUAGCUGCUAAUUGCAAACGACAAGUUGAUACGAUGAAUUAAAAUUUUAGAAUACAACAUUUUGUACUAUUUCUAGUAAUAAUGAUUUUAACACAGCAUUGGAACCAAUAUUGUUUGUUUCUCAUCAACUUAAUUUAUUAUUAUAAACACAUUUUUACUGCCUUUUAUCUGUUUAUGCGGAUUAGAAAUCCGAUUUGAAAUAUUUAGUAGCUAAUGCCUUAAUAUUUUGUUUUAAUAAGUGGUAGUGUUAUAAAGCACAAUAACAGGUUAUAAAGUGUCUUAAAACUUGUUUAAAUUAUUGUAUGAAGCUUGUUAGCUGAGCUAAGGUAAUUAAUUAUUUUUAUAUAUCGCGUGUUGAGAUGCCUUCUAUUGAUUGGCUUUACAUUUAAACAUCAAAUAUUUGAGUGCAAUGUAUUCGAUUAACGUAACUUUCGGAAAAGUUUUCUAAAAAUCUCCGUUUGUUUCUGAUUAAUAUGGUAAGAAACAAAUUUUUCGAGGGUAUUUUCAAAAUUCAAUGUUUUCCAAAUUUGUCUUAAGCCGAUCGUCCACCGCCAACUAAACUAAACUCGGGGAACUAAACUAAGCUAAACUAAAGUUGUCCGUUUACAAAAAAAUAAGCUAAAACUACAUUAGUGAUGGGUCAGUUUGUGCUGAGGUGCUGAAACGUUGAGUUAUCCGGACCUUAUCCGGAAGAAGAGACGAGCUAUGACGAGAGUUCUGAGGAGGAUUUCAAUCGUCAUAGAAAAAGAAGAUUGAUUAUUACUCAUUUUAUAAAGAAAAAACGCAUCACAUACUGGAUAAGUAAACACAUUCAAUCCAGGAAAACAAUUAGCGAAUUUAACACUGUUUAACGAACGGACGAAAAUUUAAAGAUGUACUAUCAUGUAUCUAGAGAAUAGUUUGAUGUGUUAAUUACAAUAAUUUCCAAGGACAUCGCUAUGAUUGAUAGUAAUUAUCGAAAUGCUGUAUCGAGGCGCCAGAGGAGUGCGGCAAGGCAGUAAUAGGCUUAGUUUAGCUCACGUAGUUACCACUAAGUUAAUUGUUUUGCGUAGCUUAGCUGGCAUAGUUUGCGGUCGACGCACAUGUAUGAAAAACUGGCUCAACUAUGCGAGGUAAGAUAAACUAACUUAGUGUAGUUGGCGGUGGAUGAUCAGCUUUAUGGUGUAGAAAAAAGUUAUUGUAUUUUAAUAUUUUUUUACAUUUACACGCCAAUGGACGUCAGUAAUGUCCGAUGUUGGGCAACACGUGGCCAUGAAUGGUUGCUUUUGAAAAACACGCAAUAAUCUUUUAUAGUAUCGAGUUAUACAAACUCACUGUUAUAUAGUAAAUGUGUGUAUUAGGUCAGUGUUAGUUGUGAGUACAAAUUGCUUUUUUAAAUUAUUAAUGAAUGAAAACUAGAACGCCAGAUUCUUAGUUUAAAGGCCUUUGUAUGGACUAAUUUUUUAUAUACAUAGACGUUAAUAGCAUAAUUUGAUAUCUGUUGGCAAUAGACUAGAUACUUAAAACAGCACAGGAAGGCCGAUGAGCCAAUGUUUUUUUUACAAGAUUUUAGAUAAUCUUCAAAAAAAAUAUAUUUUUAAGAACUUCGAUAGUAAAUUGAAUCUCUGUUUAUCGUUUUACGUAGUUAUACUUAGUAUCCACAAAGAGCGCGUUACCAACGUGACAAUAAUACCUGCAGGGCUGUGUCUUUGUUUAGUAUGUUUAAAAUUAUUUGCCUUUUGUAACGAUGCACUGUUCAAGAAUGUUCUAACUUAUUCAAAUAAAUGUAAUAAAGUAUA